CCUUUUUUGCCAAUUCAACUGUCUCUCCGUGUUCAACUCCAACAAUUUAACUUCCAGGUUCAAGCAGCCAGAUGUGACGAUUCUUUUUUUUUUUUUUUUGUUCUUCAAUGAGAGAAAAUAUAUUAUAAAAAGCGUCAAAAUUAAUCAUACACCAAUAGCGUUAGAAUUACAGAUUCAUUUUCUUUCUUCCUCCAUUGUUGAGUGAAAAAACUAUUAUUCAUACUCACAAUUUCUGAUUUAUUUUUUAAAAUUUUUCGAAUUUUAUUUGUUAGCGAAAAUUAGGGUUUCCAGUGAAUUAAAAAUUUCAAUCGUUUAUGUUCUUCAUUUUAGCGGUGUUUCUACGACCGAUCUCAUAGUUUUGAAAUUGAACAAAAGAUUUGAAGAAAAAUAUUGGAGUUUGGUGGUUGUGAAAAGAAGAUGUUGGUAUGUUUAAAUUAUUAUGGCCUUGGUUGUUAAUUUCUUUAAAGAUGUCGCUUUAUAUCGGUCGCGAAGCUUCAAAGCUAUGGAAGAGAUUUUGUGCAGAAGUAUCAACCGAAAUCAAUCUUCUUGCCGAAAAUUGGAAGUACAUUCUCGGAGGUCUUAUUUUUCAGUACAUACAUGGUCUGGCUGCACGAGGCGUUCAUUACAUACAUCGCCCUGGUCCAACACUUCAGGAUGCCGGCUUCUUCCUUCUUCCAGAGCUUGGACAAGACAAGGCUUACAUUAGUGAAACUGUUUUUACUACCAUCUUUUUAUCAUUUUUCCUGUGGACUUUUCAUCCAUUCAUCCUCAAAAGUAAAAAGAUUUACACUGUUCUGGUGUGGUGCAGGGUCCUUGCUUUUCUAGUUGCAUCACAAUUUCUUAGGAUCAUCACAUUCUAUUCAACACAGCUACCUGGUCCAAACUACCACUGUCGUGAGGGUUCAAAGCUUGCAACUCUUCCCCCUCCGCACAGAGCAAUUGAGGUCUUUUUGAUCAACUUUCCUCGUGGGGUUCUCUAUGGAUGUGGCGACCUGAUUUUCUCGUCGCAUAUGAUCUUUACACUUGUUUUCAUUAGGACAUAUCAUAAAUAUGGCACUAAGAGGUGGAUUAAGCAAUUGGGCUGGCUACUUGCGGUGGUCCAGAGUUUAUUGAUCAUUGCUUCACGCAAACAUUAUACAGUAGAUGUUGUUGUAGCAUGGUAUACGGUCAAUCUGGUUGUUUUCUUUGUCGAUAAAACCCUUCCUGAAAUUCCCGAUCGGUCUAGUGCCGGUGCAUCUCUCUUGCUGCCUGUGAGCAACAAAGACAAGGAUAGCUGGAACAAAGAGGAAAACCACAAACUCAUGAAUGGAAACUCCGUCGAUCCCAUGGAUAGGAGGCAAAGAAAUGGAAUGAACGGCAAGAUUCUAGAGGAUGGACAUGCAAUUCAUAGUGAAAGUAACGGCGCUUAAACUUGCCCGAGGAAUCUAGUUUCGAGCUUUGGAGGUUGAAUCGUUUUGUUCCUAUUGGAUAAAUUGCAUUUUAAAAGAAGAAUGAAAUUUUGUUUACUGGGUUUAAGCAUUAAUUAACUCACAUUGUAGAUUUUAUUAUGUAUAAAGUUUCAUUUUUUUUCCAAGCAUUUCAGCCUUUUAGAUCAGUAAAAGCAAAAAGAAAAGAAAUCAAAUCCUGUGUUGUGAAUACUUUUCAGUUUUCAGUACUUCAGCCAGUGCAUAGAUCACAGCGUUUCAGUUGGCCUUGUUAGCCAUGCAUGUGAGCAAGUAGAGUAGAUUCCUUUUCCAAGUGACUGGUUGGCUAAAACCCUUCGCCGAGUGAACAAGAGAAUAUAGGAGUGCUUAUCGAGAAUCAAACCCAGAUCUUUUUCGGGGAAAGUUGUACUUGUACAUGUUCUAAUUGAAACAUUUGAUUCUUCUGAUUGCUUUGUUCUAUUAACGUGAUAAUUUUUUUUUCUCGAGGUCCAAA